AUGGUGCCCGGGACACCACAUGAUGCCCGGCUCAUGGUGCCCGGCUCAUGUUGCCCGGCUCAUGGUGCCCGGCUCAUGAUGCGCGGGCUCAUGGUGCCCGGCUCAUGGUGCCCGGCUCAUGAUGCGCGGCUCAUGGUGCCCGGCUCAUGGUGCCCGGGUCAUGGUGCCCGGGACAUGGCCGGCUUAUGGUGUCCGCGUCAUGGUGCCCGGCUCAUGGUGCCCGGCUCAUGGGGCCCAGCUCAUGGUGCCCGGCUCAUGGUGUUCGGCUCAUGGUGCCCGAGUCAUGGACAUGGUGCCCGGCUGAUGGUGCCUGGCUCAUGGUGCCCGGCUCAUGGUGCCGUGUUCGUGGUGACCAGUUCAUGGUGCCCGGCUCAUGGUGCUCGGCUCAUGGUGCCCGGGUCAUGGUGCCCGGGUCAUGGUGACCGGCCCAUGGUGCCCGGGUCAUAG